AAUACAAUAAAUUUCACUCUAAACGAAAAAAUCAACGAUUCGCAGCUCUAAAAUGAAACUCAGCACAUACAAUUUCCUUACAUCGAUGGCCAUUAAGGGCGUAAAGGUUGGCUUUCCCCUGAAACUGACGAUUAGCAAAAAGGAACUAGUGGAGACUGAAUUUAACCCCACAUUUGUGGAGCGCCUUCUGCCCAAGCUGGACUGGUCUGCUGUCUAUGGAGCCGCACAGGUGGCGGAACUUGCUGAAGACAUACCCGCUGUGCAGCCAGAGAGUAUAGUCGACAACGAACAGCUUCUGCAGAAGCUGCACCAUCUUCUCUUCGAAAUCGACGUGCUGGAGGGCCAGUUGGAGUGCCCUGAGACGGGGCGAAUCUUCCCAAUCACCGACGGAAUCCCCAACAUGCUCCUCAAUGAAGACGAAGUCUAAGUCCAAGUCCGCCCAUUUCUGCUUUUCUGUAUCAUAAACCUAACCAGUUAGGCAUAGCAUAUGAAUAAGAUAGUUUGCUAGUUUUCUUUUUUUUAAUAUCAAUUUAUUUUCAGAGUAUCAAUAGUUUUAUACUAAAAAAAAAGUGGAGCUUG